AUGGCCGCCUUCAAGAUCGCUAUCCUCUUCGCAGCCCUCCUGGGUGUCGCCACGGCAAGCCGUCUGGAGCUCAAUGGCUUGACUCAGGUCCUGCAGGAGGUGGGCGAAGAGGUCGAGGGCUACAUGUCCGGAUUCCUGAACAAGGACCGCCCCGACAAGGACGCCGACAUCGUCAUCCUCACCAAGUUCAUCGUGACACCCGACAAGGCUGUCGACUUUGUUGAGGCCGUCAAGAAGGUCAAGGACGCAGCCCUGAAGAUUGACGGCACUGAAAUCUAUGCUCUGUCAAAGACCAAGACUGACAACCUGACCUACUACUCAUACGUGGCCUUCAAGGACGUUGAGGCGCUCAAGGAACACAUCAAGGGCGAGGCUGUGAAGAAGUUCAUCGAGUACACUGCCAAGGAGAGCAUUGCCAUCUUCACCACCCCGGUGUAUGUGAUCGAGUGA